AUGCAGACAGGAUAUUUAAUAGCUCUCGCGCAACUGAUAGUUAUCAUUAAGACUUUUGACGCACGACCAGAGAUGAGCGGAUUCGAGCUGUGCCAGGCAAAAGGCUGCCUAAACAUCGCCGCUGGUCCAUUCGAAGUCAAAGAGCCGAAUAUUCCAACCGUCGAGGUGGUCUUUUGUGAGUCACACCUUGCCAAAGCACAAGACGUACGACGUGAGCGACGAGAAAGAAACCGGGCGACCAAGACCGUAAGACGAAUCAAGAGGUAUGAAGAACAAUCUUCUCCACUAAAUGAGAUUAUUGAAGAUAGUGAGAGGCAUUGCUGUUGUCAUAUGGAUCCAGCCAGCGGAUACUGCCCCCAAGUCUUCGACACUGAAGAAAAUUUGGAAAAGCAUAGGAUGGAAUCGGGGCACCCUAAGGGUACCUCAAAAGUCAUGGAAGAAUGGUUGAAGUCGAAGCAGGGGAGGACGGUUUCGUCACCAGGCGGUGCUCAAAGCACGAUUGAUCUGGAAGUGUCAGAAGCUUUUAUGCGCGAUCCUGUCAACUAUAAAGGAGAAAUUGACUCAGAUCAUUGGAAUGAAAUAUUCCAGGAUGACGUUCAACCAGAUUUGGAAUUCGAUGUGAAGAGCCAGGGACGAGGAGUUGAGGGAAAUAGAAGGGCGGUGGACGGAAUAGGGGGAGGCCGCGCCCUCCUUCCUUCAGAGAUUGAUUUGCUGCUUUGA